AUGAUGUGGCUGGCGUUAACUUGGCUUUUAGCGACCGCGAUCACGGCUGCACUCAUUCCAGACGUAGAGGUCGCCCAUAAGUCCAAGGAUAGCCUUCCAGAAUGUCUUUAUGCCUCACAAGGAGAGCCAUUUUGGAUGGAGACUAUCGAACACACAGGCAAUUCUCCCUUCCUCCAGGACCCAUCAUAUGCGGUGUUCCGCAAUGUGAAAGAGUUUGGAGCCACGGGAGAGGGCAUUACGGACGAUACAGAAGCCAUUCAGAAGGCAAUUGAUGAUGGAGGGCGCUGUUUCACCGGCUGUGGCCUCGGUGACCCGCCUGCAAAGACCCUCAAGCCUGCCUUGAUCUACUUCCCUUCUGGUACAUACAAGAUCUCAAGGAGCCUUAACAUGUAUAUCUUCACCCAGCUUGUGGGUAACCCACUUGAUCGCCCCACGAUCAAGGCCGAGGCCGGAUUCACCGACUUGUACCUCAUCAAUGCAUUCCCAUCACCGCCCGUCUCGCCUUUCCCGACGACUAUCAAUCUGUACAUGCAAGUGCGCAACUUCGUCUUUGAUACCACUGCCGUUGACGCUCACUCGUCUGUGGCGUGUGUUAAUUGGCCGUCGGCACAAGCCGUCACUUUCAGCUUCAACCAUCUCCAGCUAGCCAAGGACAGCAUGCACCAGGGUAUUGUCUUCAACGGAUCUACUGGUGGAGGGGGCGGAUCUGCGACAUUUAUGGGCGACAUAUCCAUAUCUGGAGGAGACGUGGGGAUCCGACUCAACAACCAGCAGUAUGCCAUGCGAGCCGUUGAAUUUGAUAAUGUCAAAACGGGCAUUUCCGUGGAGCAUAUCUUCACCUUAUCUCUCCAGGGGAUGAAGUUCCAGAACUGCGAGGUGGGCGUCAAUUUCACCGCCGCGGGAACAAACUCCGUUGGAAGCCUUAUCCUUCUCGACUCUGAAGCUGCGUCUACAAAAAUUGUCAUCGUUUCACAGCAUACAAAGAAUGCAGACGGCUCCCUUGUCAUUGAGAACCUAAGGCUAAGUAAUGUGGGCCAGACAGUGGGUGAUCGGAAUGGCCGGUCCCUCUUGGCUGGAGCGGCGCACUCAUCCACAAUUGAGUCAUUUAUUCACGGCAACAUCUACAAGGACCUCACCAAUGGUAGCUACGUGGAAACCAGCGGCAAGCUGUCUCGUUCCCAAGUAUUGGUGGACAAAAGUGGUGCCUAUUUGACCAAGUCCCGGCCUCAGUACGAAGGCUAUAGUUCUCGUUGCUUUUCCAGCGUACGAGAUUUUGGCGCUAUUGGAGACGGGAAGACCGAUGUGACUCGUGCCGUCAACGCUGCCUUGAAAGCUAACGCAAACAAGAAGAUCACUUACUUCCCAGCAGGUAACUAUCGCGUCGCGGGCACUAUUGAAGUACCUGCAGGAUCCCGAAUCGUAGGCGAGGCGUGGUCAACCCUCAGUGCGGCUGGUGAUUAUUUUGAGAAUGAGGAUAAUCCACAAGUUAUGUUCAAGAUGGGAAAGCCCGGAACCAAUGGAGUUAUCGAAGUGAGUGACUUGGCCUUUGAUGUAGCCGACGUCUUGCCCGGUGCUAUUCUCGUGGAAAAUAACAUCGCUGGAUCCGAGGCUGGCGACGUUGGUCUCUGGGACACUCACUUCCGCGCUGGAGGAACGAUCGGCUCGGCUGUCGAGACCAAGUGUUCCUCAUAUCCCACUACAGACAUUCCUGGGUGUAAGGCAGCAUUCUUGUUCUUGCACCUGAAGCCAGAGAGCUCGAUGUACAUGGAGAGCGUUUGGGGAUGGUCGGUCAACCGAGAUCUUGAUGGCCUCAGCGGUGCGACCAACGGCACAAGUCAAUCCGUCGCGGUUGGAAGAGGCCUACUCGUGGAGUCAAAACGUGGAACAUGGCUCGUCGGUACUACCUUCGAGCAUUGCGUGCUGUACCAGUACCAGAUGCUGAACUCUGAGCAUGUUUUUGCUUCGAUGGUGCAGACGGAAACCGUGUACUGGCAACCCGCUCCCAAAGCUCCCGCCCCUUGGACGCCCAAUCCCAAAUACAACGAUCCUGACUACUCUAAUUGCGAUGCUUCAUCUCCGCAGUGCUUCAUGGGUUGGUCUCUGCGAGUUAUUGGGGGCCGUGACAUGACGUUUUACGGACUGGCAUUCUGGCAGUUCUUCAAUGGUCUCAACAGCGUCCAAGGCCCAUAUGCCCAGGACAAUAUUGUCUCCAUUGAAGAUCUGCCCAAGUCUUUGAGACUGUACAACCUUGGUACUCACUUGGUGCGCAACAUGGUGACUGUGGACAAGAAGGCGACAGCGCUCAGCAAAGAUAAUGUGGGCGGUUGGGGCGGGCUCAUUGCUGCCUAUCUUCCGUUCGCGUGA